CUGGAGGUGUCUGUGUGCUCAGGUUCUCAGGAUAGAGAGAAGGAUUCUGGCCGCAUGCCCCGUGACUCAUUUCUGUGCCAAUGGGGAGCGCGCGCAGGGAAAGGGUUUCCAUUCAAUGUUGUCGCUAGAGGGCCCUGGUUGUUGCUAUGGGAGGGAGGCAGCUGGUCUCUGCCUGUCUGCUCAGCGCAUCGGGGGUUGAGCUUCCUGGGUCAGACUCUGCCGCUGCCUCCAUUGUGAGCCGGGAGCCCGGGCUGAGCCGCUGCUGCGCCCCAGCGGGGUGUGUGCGGGGAGAGCCCUUCCCCAGCGCCCCUCUGUGCCCAGCCGGGGGGACUCUCUCCGGGGGCAGCCCCGGGCUCUGCCGACACCAGCCCCUGAGCCGGAGCCUGCAGCUCACAAUGGGAUACAACUGAAUGUAAGGAGCUGAAUCAUUAUCCAGGGAAGCAAAUACACAGAAGAUGUCACCCAGAAAAUCCAAGAGGACUCUGAGCCAGAUCCCUGAGCAGGACAAACCCUGUGAGAGCCAGUACAGGCCAGAGGAGAUAGAGGCCAUGCAGAAGAGACCAGUGAAACUCAUCCAAGGAAUUAAGAAGCGAAAGGAUUUUGUGGUGCACCAGGGAACCCAGACGGAGGAGAGCCCCAAUAUCUGCAUUGAGUGUGGGAAAAGCUUUACCCAGAACUCCAGCCUCAUCAACCAUCGUAGAACCCACACGGAUGAGAAGCCCUACAAAUGCCCUGACUGUGGGAAAUGUUUCGGCGUCAGCUCCAGCCUCAGCCGGCACCAGCGCAUUCACACAGGCGAGAAGCCCUACGCCUGCCCUGACUGUGGGAAGAGCUUCAGUGAUAAGUCCAACCUAACCCAGCACCAGCGUGUCCACACGGGUGAGAAGCCCUACAAGUGUAUUGACUGCGGGAAGAGCUUCAGCCGCAGCUCCCACAAGAAGAAGCACCUGCGGCACCUGAUGGGCAAGAAGCCAGGCAAGUGCUCAUCACCGCAACAGCGUGAGGGUGCUGUCGGGAAGGCCAAGGCCAGAAGGAAGGUGGAGGUGCUGAACACGUGCACCGAGUGCUGGCAGAGCUUCAGCCAGAAUGCUGAUCUCAUCAAGCACAUGAGGAUCCACACUGGUGAGAAGCCCUUCAAAUGUACUGACUGUGGGAAGAGCUUCAGCGUCAGCUCCAACCUCUUCCGGCACCAGCGCAUCCACACCGGGGAGAAACCCUACACGUGCUCUGACUGUGGGAAAAGCUUCACUGACAAGUCCACCCUGACCCAGCACCAGCGCAUCCACACGGGUGAGAAACCCUACAUCUGCACCUUCUGUGGGAAGGGCUUCAGCCACAGCUCCCACCACAAGAGACAUGAGAAAAUCCACAAGGGUGAGAACCUGCUACUGACCUUCCCCACCCAGACACAACCUGAAAUGUCACCCAAAAAAUCCAAGGGGAAUGUGGCCAAGACCCUGGAGAAGAAGAAGCCCAAGAACAAGCGUAAGUCAGAGAAGCCAAAGCGCAGCCCCCCCGAGGAGGAGACCCUGGUUUACCAGCCGCUGCCCAAGGGUGACAGGCCCAACCUGUGCUCCGAGUGUGGGAAGAGCUUCCUGCACAGCUCGGAUCUGGUGAACCACCAGCGCAUCCACACAGGUGAUAAGCCUUUCAUCUGCACUGAUUGCGGCAAGAGCUUCCGGCAGAGCUCCACACUCAUCACCCACCAGCGCAUCCACACCGGCGAGACCCCCUAUGAGUGCAGCUACUGCGGGAAGAGCUUCCGCGUCAGCUCCAACUUCGUGCGGCACCAGCGCAUCCACACGGGCGAGAAGCCCUACAAGUGCCCUAUCUGUGGGAAGAGCUUUACAGACAAGUCAACCCUGACCCAGCACCAGCGCACCCACACCGGCGAGAAGCCCUACAAAUGCGCUGACUGUGGGAAGAGCUUCAGCCGCAGCUCCCACCGCAAGCGGCACCUGCGGAACCCGCCUGCCAAAGGCCGGAGCAAGUGCUCCCACCGGAGCGGGGAGGCCGCCGUGGCCAAGGCCAAGGAGAUCAAGGUCAAAAAGCGGACGCCGACCAUCGAGAUUCCCAACACGUGCACUGAGUGCUGGCAGAGCUUCAGCCAGAACUCGGACCUGGUCAAACACAUGCGGAUCCACACAGGAGAGAAACCCUUCAAAUGCACUCACUGCGGGAAGCGCUUCAGCGUCAGCUCCAACCUGACCCGGCACCAGCGCAUCCACACUGGGGAGAAACCCUACAAGUGCCCCGACUGCGGGAAGAGCUUCACCGACAAAUCCACCCUGACCCAGCACCAGCGCAUCCAUACGGGCGAGAAGCCCUACAUCUGCAUCUACUGUGGGAAGAGCUUCAGCCGCAGCUCCCACCAUAAGAGACACGAGAGAACCCACUCCGGCGAGAACCCUGACACCUUCCUGCCCUUGUGGCACUACCCCAGUCAGAACUUCUAGAGUUGCUGACCCCUCUGACAGGGCCUCCAGAGACAGGGGUGGGGUAGGGAGGGGCAGGCUGUAUGAUUGGCUGGGUUAUGGGGACAGGAGAGUGUCAGGGGGACAGCUGGCUCAUAGGAUAACUGAUUGGUGAGGACCCUGGGGACAUGGAAAUUUAGUGGCUUAAGAAAGAGGUGUGUGUGUGCAUCUGUGAUUGUGUGUGUUGUGUGUAUGUGCUUCAUGUGUGCUUUAUAGAAUCAUAACAAUGUAGGGUUAGAAGGGAUCUCAAGAGGCCAUCUAGUAUAUCUCCCUGUGCUGAGGCCUAGACCAUCCUUGACAGGUGUUUGUCUGACCUCUUCUUUAAAACCUCCAGUGAUGGGAACUCCACAGUCUCUUAGUAACCUCUUCCAGUGCUGAACUAGUCUUAUAGUUACAAAGUUUUUCCUGAUAUCUGACCUAAAUCUCCAUUGCUGCAAACAGCCUAUUCUUAUCCCCCCAGCAGUGGGCAUGGAGAACAAUGGAUGGCCUUCCUCUUUAAAACAGCCAUUAAAAUAUUUGAAGACUGUUAUCAGGUCCCCCCUUGGUCUACUGAUCUCUGGGUUAAACGUGCCAGUUCUAGCAACCUAUCUUCACAGGUCAAGUUUCUAAGUCUCUUACCACUUUUUGCUCUCCUCUCGACUCUCUCCAAUCUGAUCCCCUCUUUUUCAAAGUGUGGUACCCAAAACUAGACACAGUAUUCCAACUGAGGCCUCACCAGUGCUGAAUAGAGCAGAACAAACACCCCAUGUGUCUUUCGUAUGAUGCUCCUGUUAAUAUGUCCCAGAGUGAAAUUUCCCUUUUUUUCAACUGCAUCACGUUGACUCUUAUUCAAUUUGUGAUCCAGCAUGAGCCCCAGAUCCUUUCUUGCUGUAUGGUUGCCUAGACAGUUAUUCCUCAUUUUGUCUUUGUGCAUUUCAUUUUUUUAUUUCCUAAGUGUAGUUCUUGAAUUUCAUCUUAUUGAUUUUGGACCAAUUCUCUAAUUUGUCAAGGUCAUUAUGAAGUCUAAUCCUGUCCUCCGUAGUGCCUGCAACCCCUCCCAGCGUGGUGUCAUCCAGAGAUUUUAGAUUUUAUAAGUCAUCAUACAAGUCAUUAACAGAAACAUUGAAUAGUACUGGACUGAGGACAGACCUGUGGGACCCCGUUGGAUACAUAUUCCUAAUCUGAUAUCAAAUCAUUGAUAACUACUCUUUGAAUAUGGUCUUUUAACCAGUUGUGCACUCACUUUGUAGUAAUUUCAUCUAGACCCCAUUUUCCUAGUUUGCUUAUGAGAAUGUCAUGUGGCAAUGUGUCAAAAGCUUUGCUAGUCAAGAUUUAUUGUGUCUACUUCCUCCCCUAGCCACUAGGCCAGUAACCCUAUCAAAAAGGGAUAUUAGGUUGGGGUUUGGCAUGAUUUAUUGUUGACAAAUCCAUGCUGGCUGUCACUUAUCAUCCUAUUAGCCUCUAGGUGCUUACAAAUUGUUUGUUUAAUAAUUUUUUCCAUAUCUUUCUGGAUUUUGAAGUUAGACUGAUUGGUCUGUAAUUUCCUUCCCCCCUUUUUAAAGAUAAGUGAUAUGUUCACCCUUCUCCAGUCCUCUGGGAUCUCACCCAUCCUCCAUGAGUUCUCAAAGAUAAUUCUAAGGGUUCAGAGAUUGCUUCAGCUUGUUCCUUAAAUUACUUCAGCUAUUUCCUUAAGUACCUUAGGGUGAAUUUCACCAGGCCCUUGCAACUUGAAUACUUCAUCUAUCUUAUCUAAAUAUUCUUUUACCCAUUUCUCCUAUUCUGGCUUGUCUUCCUUCCCCCUUGUUAACGUUAACAGUGUUAAUCACCUGGUCACAGUCCACCCUUUUAGUGAAGACUGACGCAAAAAUGGCCUUAAACACUUCAGCCUUCUAUGUGUCAUCCUUUAUUGCUCUUUUUUUCUCCAUUGAAUACUGGACCUGCACUUUCUACCUUCUUACUCUUCUAAUGUAUUUACAGACCCUCAUCUUAUUGCCCUUUAUGUCUCUUGCAAGGUGUAACUCAUUUUAUGUCUUAGCCUUUCUGAUUUUGUCCCUACAUGCUUGUGCUAUUCUUUUGUAAUAAUCUGUAGCAAUUUGUCCUUGUUUCUACUUUUUGUACCAUUCCUUUUUGAUUUUCAGGUUAUUAAAGAACUCCUGAUGCAGCUAUAUUGGUAUGUUACUAUUCUACCUAGAGGUUGCUGUUGAGUCUUUAAUAUUGUCUCUUUUAGAAACUGCCUCUAUAACUCCUUUUUCCCUUAGAUUUCCUUCCAAUUCCUAUCAAUUCUCUGAGUUGUUGAAAUUUGCUUUUUUAAAGUGCAUUGUCUGUAUUCUGUUGCUCUCACUCCUUCCUGCCCUUAGAAUCACAAAAUCUGUCAUGCUCACUUUCACACAAGUAGCUGGACUUCAGAUUCUAACCAGUUCCUCACUGAACAUAAAGACAUAAGAAUGGCCAUAUCAGGUCAGGCCAAUUGUCCAUCUAGCCCAGUAUUUUGUCUUCUGACAGUGGCCUGUGCCAGAUGCUUCAGAGGGAAUGAACAGAACAGAGCAGUUUUCGAGGGAUCCACCCUGUCACCUAGCCACAGCAUCUAGCAGUUAGGUUUCUGGGGUUUCUGUCCCUGCCCAUCCUCCAGGAACUUAUCUAGUUCUUUAUUGAACCCAGUUAUAGUUUUGGCCUUCACAACAUAGUCUGGCAAAGAGUUCUACAUGCUCACUGUGUGUUGUAUGAAGAAUUACUUCCUUAUGUUUGUUUUCAACCCCUUGCCUAUUAAUUUCAUUGGGUGACCCCUGGUUCUUGUGUUAUGUGAAGAUGUAAAUAACACUUCCGGAUUCAUUUUUGUCCGCACCAGUCAUCAUUUUAUUUACAUCUAUCACAUAUCCCCUCAGUCGUCUCUUUUCCAAGCUGCACUCUCCCAGUCUUUUUAAUCUCUCCUCGAAUGGAAGCUGUUCCAUUCCCCUAAUAAUUUUUAUUGCCCUUCUCUGUACUUUUUUCAAUUUUAAUAUAUCCUUUUUGAGAUGGGGUGAUCUGAACUGCACAGGGUAUUGAAGGUGUGAGCGUACCAUGGAUUUAUAUAAAGGCAUUAUGAUAUUUUCUGUCUUAUUAUCUAUCCCUUUCCUGAUGGUUCCUAACAUUCUGUUAGCUUUUAAAGCUCCUUCCCAUUGCCUGAGCUAUGUACGGAGGUUUUGGUCUCUGUGAGACUCAGAUCUUUUGUUUUAACGCAUCAUUGGCCUGUAUGAUAUGAGUUCCAGCUCUCAGCUCUGUCUCCAGCAGCUCAGGUAUCUACAUCAAAAAAACACUCCCAGGAUCAAGAUCAGGACUAGCUGGGACCCUGGGGACAGUGUCAUCUGGGAGAUGAAGGCUUUUAUGGGGCAGAAACUGAACUUCUGUCUUCUCCCUGGAACCGAUUCCUGCAGACCAGGAGAGAAGAGAAUGAGUGGUUGGGUGUGUGAGCGCAAGUGUGGGUAUACAUGCAUGCAUGUGUGUGCGCAAGUAUUGUGUACAUGCAUCCAUGUGUGUGAGAGUGUGAGUGGUUGUGUGCCUGGUUGUGAGUGUGCAGGUAUGUGCAUGUAUGUGUGGAUGUGAGAGAUGUAGGGGUGUGUGUGUAUGUGCACACAGUUUGGACUGCACUGCCAGUGCUGUGCAUCACACGGCCGCUGAACCUGGCUCCUCUCCCCAGCACUGAUCCCCAUCUCUCUCUCGUGCAGUUUGUUGAAUCCGACAUGGAUCUGGCGGAUCCCCCUGGGCUGAUACAUUUAGAAAAGGUGGUUGUCGCUCCUUUCCUGUGUAAAUAGCUCCUCCCCCCAGUUAUUAAUGUCACUGUCUCUCUGCACUGGCCCGCACAGCUAUGGUUGUGAGAGAACCCCCCCAGCUCAUCCAUGACACAUGGGGCCGAGCUGCACCCAUAAAGGACACGGAUUGUCAUUAACAAAACCUUUUGAACCAAACAUCAGCCCCAGCUCCAGUUUGUCUUGGUGUCAGAGCUGAGCUGAUGAGAGGCCAGAGCUGGGGGCUGGAGAUUCCCCAAUUCUGCAGCUGGGGUGGAUUACAUUCCCUUCAGUCCAUCCCUUUUUACCCUGCUCCCCAUAUCACAACCAGCCCAUUCAUUGACAUCUCUGCCCCAGAACAGCGAGCUGGGUGCUGCCGUGGUUCUGCUCCCCUGGCUCUGACUACCUGGGUCUCAGUCUCCAGAGUUUGUUCCUUCCCUGGAACUUGGGUCAGUUCAGGGGACUGACAGCUGCACCAGCAGAGUCCUGGAGCCCAGGGUGUGUGUGGGAGACUGCUCAGAGGUGGAGCAACUUCUCCCAGGGAGGCUGGGUGCAUGGACCCUCACGGCUGGGCUGCAGCAUGUCUCCUCCCUUGCAGGGUCUCCAGAGCAGAGACACAAAGACAAAUCAAGGCUUCCCCAACAUCAUGCAGCUGGCUGGGCAUGUCCUAGCCAGACUCUGGCCCUGGCUUUUGACUGGGCAUUUGUAGCCCCUUUGGGAGCAUUUGCUUUUCUUCAUAAGAAACCUGUAGCAAUGCAAGAAGAGUGGUGUCAGCUGCCUCCUCAGACAGUACCUGUGAUGGUCCCUCUCUGGGCUUGCCCAGCACAUCUCUAUUGGCCUAGGCUAAGAGCAGCUACAGCCGAGCUCCUUUUGACCUAAGCAGAUCCCCUGACACACGGCAGGGCCAGUCUGAGGAGGGCAAAGCUGCAGGGAGUCCAUUUGCUGAGACCGUGUGGCGCCUAGAGCCUCAGCAUGCAGGAAGGGGCACUGUGCAUCUGGAGCUCACUGGACUGCAGAAUGACCCUGGUGAGCAGCACUCAUGGAAGGAUUGGCACUAUCAGCUUCUGUCCCCUGAAAACGCCUGCAGCAUUUCCAGCUGGAUACAGGGUUCUCGUCUGUGUCCUGUCCAAAGUGAUGGGCUUCAUGGCUGUGCAACGUUCAGCAGAACUGCUGGCCAGCAGUGCGGGAAGGAGGCAGACACUUCACAGGACUGGCUAAAAGCAGUGUUCCACAGAGUUAGCUGUUUUCUCUGUGAGUGACUUCUCUGCCACUGGGUGACAAUUUCUAAGAAAAUGUUUAUUAUUUGAAAUGGUUUGAGUAGUUUUUAUGAACAUAUUUGAAAUUGGGAUUGUUUGCAAAAUGUAGAAGUUUUCCAUCAGUUAUGCAGUAGUUGUGAUUUUCUGCUUUGAGCUGUGCCAUUUGUCUGUCUGGAUCAUCUCUCUGUCGAUGGCCCCUGUCACCAUAUUGUAUGAGUGCCUCCACAGUGUUUCAAUAUAGAGGUAAGGAAUAUCACAUGGUACAGAUUCUGUUCCCUGAUUGGUGGACUGACUUGACCUUUAUAAACUGCUUCCAUCCACAAUUCAUUUUCUUUCAUUGCAAAACAAAUUUUGUUCGUUCCUUGAACAAAUCUCAGCUAAAGGCUUCUGGCCAUGAACACUGGUUUGGGCAAAGCUCUAUUUGGAGAACUGUUCACAAAUAACAGGGCAUGAACAAAACAAUUUGAAAUCUAGUCUUCAGUUCAAUGAACUGUUCGCCUGGUUUUUACACUGCUCAGUCUGCUUUAGUCCAAUUAAGGAUGCUAUUCAUUAUUUUGGGUCAAAACAAAAUACACAGGUGAUGUAUCGUUGACUGCACUGGAAAGGCACAAGUGUCUAAUGAAACUUGGCCUAUGUUGCAACAAAACUCCAGCCUGUGGAGGCCGCAAGAGCUACUGAGCUGAAGACAUCAGAACAGGAAUUAUUAGACUGGCUCUGACACAUAGUCCCUCCAGCUCAAUCUCCCAUCUCUAACAGUGGCCAGAACUAGACACUUAACAGGAAGGUGCCAGAAACUGUGCAGUGGGCAAUUAUUGAGUGGCCUCCCCAUAGGACAGCUUUUCUCUGGGAGCCAGCAGAGUUCACAUCACUGUCUGCAGAAGCAUCUUUUCUGUGCGGGCUUCUUUGGUUCUUUCUCAUGGUGAGUCUGAUAAUGAAACUGUGCUUAUAAGGAAAUCAAGCUGUGAAAAUACAAGUUUUUAGAAGAAGGAUCCUCUGACAGAGAGAGAGUGUGCAGAACAUGCGAUGCUGUGGUAUGGGAUACAUGUCGUGGCUGGAGUUUCCAAAGGGGCACUGUUUUAAGGUGACAGAUACAAAGGGUGAACGAAUACAGCUGAACAGAGACAGAACACAUUCUGCAUUUCAGUAGGCAGACAAAUUGCUUUGGUAAAAGUUAUAUCAGUUUUCUUUUGUCAUCAGUUCAACCCAUUUGCCCCAUCUUCCCUUGGAGAGUUCACAGAUAAUCUUACACAGUGAGGCUCUCCAUGGCUCUUUCUUCUGAUCAUUUCUCUUUCCACAGACACCAUUUUGUUCUGCAUCCCUUGGCAGCAGUGACAAGAAUCCUAAAUACAUUCAUGUCUUUAUGUCAUUUCAGCAACCCCGAACCUUUCCUUGACACCAGAGUGUUAGAGAUUUGGGGAAUGUGUUUCUGAAAGAACUUGUGCAUCAAUUCUCCAACAUCAGACUAGAAACUUUUUCACUUGAGGCGAUCCCAGAUGAUACAGAGACACUCCCCUACAUCCUGGUGUCCCCUCCAGCGUUUGGAUCAGAACUUUGUCUUUAUUUUGUUUUGUAUUGUUUUGUGUGAAAAUAUCAUUUCUCCAGAAGGAGAAGCGUGCUGUAUUCUUAGUAGCACAGCAUUAUAGCCUUCCAAUCAUCUAGGGAGAUUUGCUAGGUCAUUUCCUUUUCCCAACCUAACCUCCCAUCAUCAUGUCCCUGUAACUAUGUAGGAACUAGUUCAGACAAUGUAGCUAUUUGAUUUUGUUUUCUUUUAACCAGAGGUCUCAUUAUCUUGUAAUUUCCUGAUAUGGGUUUUCUACUGGGGAGAAAUCUACUUUUAUAUGUCCCCAGUUCUUAUGUUUUUGUAAAUAAUAUCUUAAUUGUAACACAAAAGACCUGUCUUUUGACUUAUAUUGCUCUUAAAACCAUUCUUUUAAACGAUUGUAUCAAUGCUAUUUUUCAUAUCCUUCUGCCUUUAAAACUAGGCUGCCUUAGUACCUUGAGAGUAACUGUGCAAGGCUCACUGGGACAGGAAAGCUGCGCUAACACAUCUUACUUUUAAAACUGACUGUAAACAGCUUUUUCCUACAUCCUACUGCCAUGAUUUUAAAGUCCAAUUCCUUGGGAUAGCUCAUUGUCAGUUCACAUGGGCCAGAGAUUGUCUUUUUGUUCUGUGUCUGUAGAGCACCUAGAACAAUGGAGUACUGGGCCACAGCUGGGGCUCAAUUAUGAAGAGUAAUAAUGGGAACAGUCCAAGGGUAGAACCACUGGGAAGCUCUGAAUUCUGGCCAGGAAGGGUUGAUAGCAAAGUGAAACAAAGUCCAAAGUCAACGAACGCCUUCCCCAGUCUCCUCAGUACAGGAAAACUGGGGGAGGAAAUUCAUCUCCAGGAGGAAAGAGGGACAUGUUUUUUCUGGCAUCCUGAGGCAUUCGGGGAUUCGACUGUUAGAUGGAUUUUGUGGGCACAAUGCACAAUAAAUUCAGUGUAUCAUGUGGAUGUCACCACCAUAUGUCAAACUAUCGACUCCCACACCCUGGGCUGUUCUUUCUUACCCUGGUUGCUAUUUAGAAAUAUCAGUACACGUGGGUAUUAUUAUUAUGUGAUCAUGUUAUUCUUUUAUAUUUGUCUUAAUGCCCAUCCUUCCAUUCCCUGCCUCCUUCCUUUGACUAUCUUCAUGUCCUAGUUUUGGCUUAAAUAGAUCCUGAUCCUGUGCUGUUAAAGUCAAUGAGACUGUUAGAAUUGUCAACUCUUUGGAGCAGGAAGCCUAUAUAGUUUUUAAUCUCUGUAAAGCACCAUGCCAUGUUAUGGUGCCAUAUAAAUAUUUAUUAUUAAUGAUAGUAGUUAAUAAUUGUGAAGUCUGGCUGCAGCCACUGUAGUUAGGAUUGUAAUCCUUUAUAAUGGAAAUGUAAUAAACACUGCAACACAAGUAA